AUAAGGGCUUCUGCCAGCUUCAACAAGUCGUCCUCAUUCAGUUUUUUAAAAAGCAACUUCCCUGACUGUGGGCAUCAAGGUCUGUCCUGGAGUGACAGCCCCUGUGCGCCCCCGCAGCCAUGAACAGCAGCAUCUGCGUGUGCAUGCUGCUGGCCGCCUUGUCCAGCGCCGGGGUCGGACAACCCGCCGGACACCCCGCCCAGGCAGGGGCCGUGUUCGGACCCGCCCCGCAAAGCGAGCCCUCUGUGGCGGGGCGCGGCCGCCAGGUACGCUCGGCGCCGCUGGGCGACUCGCCGAAGGCGUUGGAUGAGCCCAGCCUGGGUCAGCUGCUCGCCCAGUAUCUCUCAAGGAAAGGCCCCAGCCACAGAAGCUCCAAAGCAUUCAGCAGAACCACUGGUCCGAGGGUCGGCCACAGAAUACAAGACAGAGACUACCUGGGCUGGAUGGACUUUGGGCGUCGGAGCGCUGAGGAGUAUGAGUACUCGUCAUGAGUGCGUUGGUACUCAGAGUACUCUGAGUACUCGGAAAAACAGAGAUCACUUUCAUCCCACAUCCCCAACAUCGGAAUCCACAACACAUUUAUCAUCAACCCAUCCGGUGAUCUGUUUGUAGUACUAAGAAGAUAUACAGACACAACAGAAAAACAAUAAGGCUCUUUUGUUUGUUUUCCUUGAGUUUUUACACACUGUUAAUUCUACAUAGAGAUACCACUCUACUGAUAUUGGACACAUAUAUCAAAUAUUGUGCUGUGAUCAGAGCGAUGUUGUGUGUAUGAGAAUAAAUGAGUCCAGCGUGUCAGUCUGGCAUUACCCACAAA